AUGGCGUGGGUGCGCGUGCGGAGGCCCCCGCUGCUGCAGUCCAAGCUGCUCUGCCUCUCGCUGCUCUACCUCCUCACCACGCUCCCGCUCGCGCUCUACGUCUCCUUCUCCGACCCCUCGCGCUGCCUGCCCCUCCACCUCCUCCUCCUCCGCCCCGCCCGCCCCUCCCCUCCGGCGACGCCGCUCUUCGAGUACCCGCGCGACUACGGCGUGCACAAGUACUCACUCCCCACCCCGCGCGCGCUCUGCUCCGACCCGGCCGUGUUCUCAGGUCUCGGCCUCCACCGCCCGAAGAGAUCGUCUCCGCUUUCUAUAGAAUCCGAUCAUUCGCACCAUAACUCGCAAGGAUUGUGUUUCUUGUCGCAAUAUUUCCCGUCAAAUUGUCGUUCUUGUGAAUGGUUCUGCCUUUUUAUUUUUUUAUCUAUUGCCAUAUGCCAAAAACGCCGGUCAUUUCAUUGCCUUUCUGACCCACAAAUUUCGUUCUUCGAGCAGAUUAUAACACCGUUUUGCAAGAGAUCAAUGGCGUCGGCCGCAACCUCUCGGCGAGACAUCGUGCAUUCCCUGCGUUGCUACCAGAACGGCAGGAGGGACUCGUUUGCGGGAAAUUUCUCCACCGAGGAACGAAGAUCCUUCUUCAAUCACACAGACAGCGCAGUGGAAAUCCCCUGUGGAUUCUUCAAGGACUUUCCCCUCGCACAAGCCGACAGAUUGGCGAUGGAGAGCUGCCGAGGGGUGGUGGUCGCCUCGGCGAUCUUCAACGACCACGACAAGAUCCGGCAGCCCAAGGGGCUCGGGUCCCAUACAGUCAAGGCGGCGUGCUUCUUCAUGUUCAUCGACGACCGUACCCACCGGGUCCUGGCGAGCCACGGCAUCCUGGAAGACGGGCAUGUCGCGUCGGCCAGCGCGGUCGUCGGCGCAUGGCGCGUGGUGACGCUGCAGCAGCAGCAGCUCCCCUACGAGGACCCCGCCAUGAACGGCGUCGUGGUGAAGCACCUGCUGCACAGGCUGUUCCCGAACGCCAGGUUCAGCGUGUGGGUGGACGCCAAGAUGCAGCUCACGGUGGACCCGCUGCUGCUGGUGCACUCGCUCCUCGCCGGCAAGGGCGCGGACAUGGCGGUCUCCAGGCACCCGUUCAACCUCCACGCCAUGGAGGAGGCGAUCGCCACGGCGCGGUGGCGCAAGUGGCGCGACGUGGACGCCAUCAGGGCGCAGAUGGAGGCCUACUGCAGCCACGGCCUGCAGCCAUGGUCCCCCAGCAAGCUCCCAUACCCUUCAGAUGUGCCGGACACGGCGAUCAUCAUCAGGAGGCACGGCUCGGCGAGCGACCUCUUCUCCUGCCUGCUCUUCAACGAGCUGGAGGCGUUCAACCCGCGGGACCAGCUGGCCUUCGCCUACGUGCGGGACCAGAUGAGCCCCAGGGUGAGCAUCAACAUGUUCGAGGUGGAGGUGCUGGAGCACAUCAGCGUCGAGUACCGGCACAACCUGAAGCGCGAUAAUGGCGGCGGUGGAGGAGGGGCGAAGCAGGGGAUCGCCAGGAUGGCGUCCUCGCGAGACAUCGCCGGGAGCAGCUGCGAGGGGUACCUCAUGAAGAUGUGGGGGGAGCCUUCUGAAUAAAACAAGGCCUCUGAAAAUGUAGCAUUUCAUCCAUUCAUUUUGCUCCGAAGAAAGAAUUCAACUGUAGGGUAGAUACACGGUAGGUGAACUUUUGGACUGGUAACACAAAGGACAUCACAAACUACUCCCUCUUAUACUAAGAAUACUAGGCCCGUAAGGGAUUCUUUUCUCUCGUUUUUUUGGAAUUUAUUUUGCUGCUCCUGAGAAAA